AUGGCGUUCAACGCGGCGUCUGCGGAGCAGAUCAAGAUGGUCAUGGAAGCCACGGGCUUGUCGGACCACGGAAUGAUCGCGGCGGCACUGCAGGGCAAGAAUAAUAACGUCGACGCUGUCGCCGACGAGUACUGGACAGACUCGAAUAAUUUCAUAAAGAAGUACGGAUGGGAUGAGGGAGUCUUCUCUUCCAAUCGCGAAGGCGACAUGGUCAACAACACAGCCCCAUCCUUUAUAAUACACCCGGCCGACGACAGUCAAGUGAUAUACGGGUCCGAACCGACCGGCUUCUACGGCUCAGUAGCGCCCUCGCGCCCGCCGUCGAGAGCAAAUACCAGAUCCCCCAUCGGUCGCGUCGUAGAUCUCACGGCAGGUGAAUUUACUGGAGGUGGACCGAGCAACAGGCAGGAAGAGGAAGCGGACCUUCAACGAGCUAUCAACGAGUCGCUGCACGCGUCCGGCAUUCAGAGUCCUCAGCCGCUGCCUGGUCCGCCGCCGCUACCACAACAGUCAGGCAUCACCAACGCCGGAGACGGCUCCGUCUUUUUCGGUCCGGCCACUCGACCUGAAUAUGAUCCAGGCGAGUGGUCCAUGGUCCGUCUCAAGGCUCAGAACCCCGACCCUGAGCCGUCGCUCCGAGCGAGAAUUCCAGGAGACCCCGUGUUUUUGAGAUGUCGCCCAAACAACAACAACAACAACAACAACAACGGCGUUCAUCGUAUAGGCCCUAUUUUGAUGAUACUGCACACAAUCCCCGCUACUCGCAAUGCGCUAUUACGCUUCGGUCGAGAACCAGAGUACGGCUACGGGAGCAAUCAGGAAUGGUGGAAAGGCGUCGUUAUUUUGCCACCAGAUCAGCAAGCAGCAAGAGACACAGGAUCAGGUGGAUUCUACGGGUCAGAUUCCUUGCCCCCGUGGUCCGAUGAGGUCCACCGUUUGAUUGCCUUCCUGGAUUCUACAGACCGGAGCUACGGUACCGCAGACAUCCUUUGCGAAUCUCAGUACGAGGGCACGCCCUUAUUCGGCGACCGAGAAAAGGACUUUUUCCAGAACUGCCUUAGUGGGCAGGCAAUGACCGAUGGGAUUCAGCAAGAGACGAGCAGCUCGUUUGCGGUCUCGGUUGAGGUUGUGCCAAUUUUAGGCGAUGGGCCCAGCACUUUGAACGUGUUUGCCCUUUUCGAGUCCCAUUUUCUGAGGGAGACUCUGUCCUUAGCGCAGAACCUCUACAGCGUCUGGGAUCUUCUCUUUUAUAUGCACAUUGGCACACCGGAAGAGGAUCUCGACACUGCGAGGAUGGCCAUGAUAACUCAGCCCUCUGAUGUCAUUACGUUCCGCUUCGGCGGUGAUGACGGUUUUCCGAAGCAUAUCGAGAUUCCCGAAACAUUCUACAUUGAUCGAUACAUGGCAAUAAACCGGGACCAAAUGCGGCAACUCCAGCUCGAGAUGUCGACGGUGACCUUAGCCUUCCAGCAAAAUAAACAGAAGGAGGAUCAGUUGACGACAUACACCCAAAAAGGCAAGGCCUGGGACAGAAGAGUCAUGAACAAGGCGGCAAUCCAGCGUUGUAAUGAGCUCACUGCGAAAAUAAAGAAUCAUGCCUCGUGGAGAGACCACGAGGAGGCUCGCUCUCGCGGCGAUGAUGAUUUCUACCUACCCGAACACUCGGGCCAGCCUAAAUUGUGGCCUCAAGAGGCAGCGGUUGUGGAACAUUACGAGACAAAAAUACGGCACCUUGAACAACAGAUGGCCGAGAUUGACCGUGUCAUGAAGAGCGUCAUUCUGCCAGAACGAGAGUCUCUCCAGGCGCUGUACAGCCAUCUCUGCACGCUCCUGACAGGCCCAUCAGCGGACGAGAAAUGGAAUGCGACCCAUAAAUACACCCUCCGAGGCGUGACUAGUAACGCAAAUAUUGUGUUUGUGCGGAAGCGAGAGCCUGUUCUUAUGCAGAUGGACGAAGCAGCCACGCCCACUGAACAGUGGUGGAAAAUAACAUGCGACGAAAGCAAUAACAACACUAUAACAACAUACGAGACAGUAGUGCGCGAGGCUUGUGGGAUUAACAGCAAGCCCAUCCUGGUAUAUGCAACGGACGAGGCCUUGGAACAAGAAUCCACUCCUCUGCGGGACGCCCUGAAGACUUUUGUCAAGUUCGAUAACCGUCACUUUAAACAAGAGCUCUCGCAAGCCGAGCAGCAGCAAAGCUCGCCAAAGAGACUUAAGAAGUCUGCUAGUCUGGAGUCCAUGGCGACGAACCAAGCGUCGGCUGGGGAUAUCGACGACGACAUGCGCGACUCGGCAUUUAACGAUGACGAUGUGUUUGCCAGUGGCGAUGGAUUCAUGGACACGCGUCACGGUAUAGGCCAGCUGGUGGAUAUUUCAGUCACGCCAGUUCCUGGAGGCUCGGUCGAUGAACCCGUGAAACUCCUUACACCGCCUCCCGAACAAGAAUUGGAAAUGAUCAUGGAGCCUCCGACGAUAGGCCGCGAGGCUGAUCGGCUUGCACGGGUAUCGCUUGAUAACAGCAACAGUCCCAACAAGAGUCAAGAGAUGCAGGAGCGCGCCAGCCUGCCUCUUAUUGCUCGACCGACCACCGCCAUAACCUCCAAUUCCAUGUCUUUUGUUGACAGAGAAAGAGAGGCUGCGAAUAUGGGGGUCAACGGGUUCUAG